AUGAAUACAAUUCUUGUUCAAGUGUGUCUGCUGGGACAUCUACUACUGGCUUGGACUGAGCCUAUCCCAGCCUCAGAGUUUGGUAUGGACGGAGACUUUUUUAUUGGUGGACUUUUUGACAUUCAUCAAGUCAGUCAUAGUCUUUCUCAGGACAGACCAGAGACUAUCACAUGCUCAAGUCAACCCUUAAUUCUAUCAAGUUAUCGGAGAUUUCAGAUGAUGAGAUUCUCUGUAGAGGAAAUCAAUAACUCUACGAACCUGUUGCCAGGUGUAACUCUUGGCUAUAAAAUAUUUGACCACUGCUCAGACAUACAAAAUUUUCCUGGCAUUUUCAACCUCAUCUCUGUGAAUGGUUUCAUCCAACCUUGGAAUGAAUCACUGAAGAAUACAUCGAAAAUGAUCGCAGUGGUUGGCACUUAUACAAGCACAGCAACGCUGGGUUUUGCCCCACUCUUCAUGACGGAUCUGAUUCCUCUGAUCAGUUAUGGGGCUUCUAGUUCUGUCUUUUCAAAGAAACAACAUUUUCCAUCGUUUUUAAGAACAAUACAUCCUAACAAAGAUGUUAUAAAGGUUGUUCUGACGAUUUUGGAAGAAUUCAACUGGCGCUGGGUUUCAUUCCUCCAUGUUGACGAUGAUUAUGGCAGAGAUGGCCGGGACUUGUUUAUCAAGAGCAUCGAGGAAACUCACAUCUGUCUGGCAUACACAAAAGGCCUUGAUACGUUUACGAAUUACACUAAAACUUUCCAACUAAUGGAGUCACUCCGGGUAAAUGUCACAAUUGUUUUUGCAGCAGAAUGGACUGCUGAAGCUCUCAUUAAGGCUGCCAUAAAGCACAACUUCACCAACAAAGUGUGGAUAGCUGUGGAUGCUUGGACCUUACACAAAAAGCUUCCUAAAGAAAAUGAAAUCAGAAAAAUCGGAACUAUAGUUGGGAUUGCUGAGCCAAUAAAGGCAAUACCAGGUUUCAGUGAUUUCAUCUAUUCUUUCAAAGCCCAGUAUCAGCAGAAUCAGCAGAAAGAAGUCAAGCUCUGUAAUCAGAUCUGCAACUGCACCAAUGUGACAGCUGAAGAUAUCAUCAAUGCAGAUCCAUCUUUCUCUUUUUCUGUUUACUCUGCGGUGUAUGCAAUCGCCCAUGCUUUACAUACUGUCUUGCAAUGUGGAGAUGGCAAGUGUAACAGCAAUGCAUCAGUACACCCACAUAUGAUUUUAAAAGAGCUGAGGAGAUCAAAUUUCUCGCUUCUAAACCAGAGGGUUCAGUUUGAUGAGAAUGGUGACCCAAUGUAUGGAUCAUAUUCAAUAGUUUUCUGGAACCAAAAUGGUGAUGUGGAGGAGGUUGGUUUUUACAGUUUCCCUCCAUCAUUCCAGUUCUUCAUCAACAAGAGCAAAAUCAAGUGGCAUGAGAAUGGGGAGGUUCCUGUGUCUAUUUGUUCCCAAGAGUGUUCUGAAGGGUAUGCAAAAGAACAAAGAGAAACUCACAAAUGCUGCUUCAGUUGUGCUAUUUGUCAAAGAGGAACUUAUAUCAAUAGUACAGUGAAUCCUUACAGCUGCAUCAGCUGUAAGGAGACAGAGUGGUCUGAAGCAGGAAGCACUUCCUGCAAUCAACGGCUGGUGGAGUACAUGCCUUUUUCAAAAGGUGGAGCUGUGGUGAUCAUCCUCGGAGCUUUGAUCUUUGUGGGCCUCACUGCAACUAUUUCUGUUCUCUUUGUACACAAUUACAUGUCACCUGUUGUCAAAUCUGCUGGAGGUCCAAUGUGUUUCCUAAUUUUAGCAUGCCUAAGUCUGUCUAGUCUUAGUGUGUUUUUUCACUUUGAUAAGCCCACACUUGCUUCUUGUGUUUUGAGGUAUUUCCCAUUUUUGCUGUUCUUUACUAUUUGUAUUGCCUGUUUUUUAGUACAUUCUUUUCAAAUUGUUUAUGUAUUUAAAAUAGCUACCAAGUACCCCAUCCUCCUCAACUGGUGGAUGAGAUACCAUGGUCAAUGGCUGGUCAUUAUUGUAAUAUUUGUUGUUCAAGCAAGCUUGCUCAUUAGUGGAUAUUACUCUGCCCCCCCAAAGACUGCUAAUAUUUCACUUCCAGAGUCAAAAACAAUCACACUUUGUUGUGAUCAGAAUGUUCAAGCUAUGUCUGGUUCUCUGAUUUUAUUUUCAGCAUUGUCUUGUAUUUGCUUUAUUUUCUCCUACAUGCAAAACGAUCUGCCAAAGAAUUACAAUGAGGCCAAAUCGAUAACCUUCUGCCUCCUGCUGCUGGUCAUAAUCUGGAUCAUGUAUGCCACUACGCACCUCCUUUACCACACAUAUUACACUUCAGCUCUCAGUGCUGUGGCAGUACUUUCCAGCCUCUACUCGUUUCUGUUCUGGUAUUUCCUGCCAAAGUGUUACAUUAUUAUUUUUCAACCACAGAAAAACACACAGCAGUACUUCCUAAGUCUUAUUCAGAAUUACACCGAGACAUUUAGCCAGUAGCA